AUGGCGAGUCCUAUUGAAUUGGAAGUCGAAGAUCAGCAUUUGAAUUUGGUUGUGGUUGUCAAGGAUACCGUUUCCAUGGUUUUGGAAAUCAGCUACCUGCAAGUCGUCUCUUUAUCGGUGGAUCUUCAGAGCAAUGUUUUUAUCGGUGCCAUGGCGGAUCUCAUUCCUCAAGUACUUGUAUGGAUACCUUGGACGUUCUCUUGGCAAGUCAAUAUCCUCGCGUAUGCUAUUUCAUCAAGACCGGAUUUAUUUGAUGCAGUGCAUGAUGUGUCUCUCAUGACGCCUACCGAAGAAGGUCGCUUGAUGGCAGCUACUACUGAUAUGGCGGAUGUUUAUUUGCUCUAUGAUUCAUUUGCGACAGUGUGGUCAGCCCUAUCAUGGCCCUAUCAAUUGCAUUUGAUGAUUACUGCCUUAGCCGUUGGAAGUUAG